AUGGACAGCCCAUCUGUCGCGCGUCCGGCUCUGGCGCCUACCAUCAUUAGCACCCCUCAGAGUGAGCCGUCUCUGCCGUUACAUUACGACUCAGCCCAAGAUUUGCCAUCCUCACUGGUGCCUGAGCGGCCACCAUUGGCGACUAACGCCUCAGAUCCCCCCGGCCUACAAAGCUUCCAGAGCCCUCUACGGCAGCAUAAAAGACAGCCGAGUGCUCAUCGCGAGGUCAAGCUAACCAGAAAGGAAACCUUGGAUGCCCGCGUCGAGUACGCAAGCGACGAAGAUGACGGGAGAACCUACCACAAGAUCAAUCAGUACACCAUUAUUGAGGAAGUCGGUCGCGGCUCCUACGGCGCUGUCCACCUUGCGACUGAUCAAUUUGGCACAGAUUAUGCAGUCAAGGAGUUUUCCAAAUCCCGCCUGCGCAAGCGUGCGCAGUCCCAAAUCCUACGCCGUGGGCCCCAAGGUCGUCCUAGACGACAGCCCUUGCGCGUCCGCAACAACGGCGAGGUCUUGACACCGCUGCUUGGAGGAGAGCAGCCCGGCGAAAAGGAGGAUGCCCUACACCUUAUUAGAGAAGAGGUGGCCAUCAUGAAGAAGCUCAACCAUCCCAACCUCGUGCAGCUCAUCGAGGUCCUCGAUGACCCGGGCGAGGACUCACUCUACAUGGUCCUCGAAAUGUGCAAAAAGGGCGUCGUCAUGAGGGUUGGGCUGGACGACCACGCCGACCCGUACAGCGAUGAUUCGUGCCGGUAUUACUUUCGCGACCUAAUUCUCGGCAUUGAAUACUUGCACUCUCAAUCCAUCAUUCAUCGCGACAUCAAGCCAGACAAUCUUCUGGUAGCAGCGGACGAUACUCUCAAAGUCAGCGACUUUGGUGUCUCGGAAUUGUUCGAGAAACCUGACGGUAUGAAGAUUAAGAAGUCGGCCGGGUCUCCUGCAUUCCUGGCGCCGGAGCUGUGCAGCCCUCACGGCGAGGUGUCUGGUACCGCCGCCGAUAUCUGGUCCAUGGGCGUAUGCCUCUACUGCUUCCGCUACGGCAAGAUUCCCUUUAAUCGAGCGAGCGUGCUGGACAUGUACGAAGCGAUUCAAACGGAGGAGCCCAAAUUCCCGGAGGAUGAGGAUCCAGCGUUCAGAGACAUAAUGAAGAGGCUCCUCGAGAAGGACCCCGAGCAGCGCAUCACAAUGGCGGAGCUUCGUGAGCAUCCAUGGAUCACCAAGGCCGGCACAGACACCCUACUCUCUAAGGAAGAGAACUGCGCACACAAGGUGGAGCCGCCCAACGAGCUCGAGAUCAGCCGUGCUUUCACGAGAAAGAUGGACAAUGUAUUGUGCGUUCUCAAGGCCAUUUCCAAAUUCAAGUCGCUGCUGUCCGAUCGACGGGCCCGGAGCCCUGCCGUGACGGAGGAGAUCCAGGAGGGCACGUUUGACCCCGUGGAAGAGAAGACGCGUGCCGAGGAGAUUGAGACGCUCCUCGCCCAGCGCCGCGAGGCUCUCAACAGACGCACGCGCGGCAGCGACGACAGCACAGGCAGUGUCGGCGGCAAGGGCCAUGCCAAGGACAUUAGCGAUCAGGAGCCGCUAUACCUAGGCAUCGGCACGAGCUCGCGGCACGCCUUCUACCUGGACGACGAGUCGGGCACAGACGACGUGGUGGCCGACUCGCCGAGCGCCGUCGACUACAACAUCUACGACCGCGCCUACGAGCAAGCCAUCAAGGACCGGCUCGACGCCGGUCCGUCCGCCGUGCGGCCCGUCAUGUACCUGACCAAGUUCGUCAAGGAGACAGAGCGCUUCCAGUCGUUUGAGAACAUUGUCGAGGGCACCAUCUUCUCACCGGCGUCGGCGGUGCGCGAGCAGAUGCGUGAGCAGAUGCGCGAGACGCGAGCCAGCCUCCAGGAGCGCUUCACCUCGCCCUCAACGUCCAAACUGGCCAAGCUGGUCGCCAAGAUUGGUCUUGCGGACCCGCCGCAGGCCGCUGCUGACGCCCCCGCGCCGUCAGUACUGGACGACGCGGGCGUAAGCGCCCUCGUCGGGGACGAGGCGCCCGUCGACGGCGACCAUUCUAACAGUGCCACCAACGGCGGCGCAGGCGGGGACGCGGAGGCAGGAGGCAAUGUGCAACCUGAGCCAGAAGCAGCAAAGGCGGAUGAAGUCGAGGCCUCGACGGCGAGCAAGACAACCCCCGCCGCCGCCGCCGCCGCCGCUUCGGCUUGGCAAGACAGGGGACCCCGAGGGUGA